UUUAAAAAAACACUAAAAAGGAAAAACAGAUAAACCAACACCAUCUCAAAAAAGACUUCAACUUGUCAUUUGCAGCAGAAGCUACUUCUCCCCACCUUCAAACCCUAAACUCAUUAUUUAUUUCUCCACCAGAGGAAAUUCAAACAGAGCAAAAAAAGAAAACCCCAACACUUCUUCCUCAGCCACAAUCCCUUUUGGUUCUCUCAAGUUUGGAGGUGAUUGCUUGAGUUUCUCAUCCGACAGUCCAGAAUGGCUGAAACCAUCCAAGACCCAGUUGAGCAAACCGGGCAUGGAGCCUGACCCACUAUUCCACUUGCAUUGUUCUCCAUGGGAAAGUCUGAAGAAGACCAGGCUUUGCCUUCCAAUGUUGCCUCUGAGGCCUCAGCUCAAAAUGCAGAGGCUCACUGUGCUGGUUGCUGUGGUGGGUUUCGGAGAUUCAUUGGCCUCAGAUGCAUCUUGGUUCUCUUACUCUCUGUUGCUUUGUUCCUCUCUGCUAUGUUCUGGUUACCUCCAUUUCUUCAGUUUGCGGAUCAGAGCGAUCUGGAUCUUGAUUCAAAGUUCAAAGAUCAUUAUAUAGUAGCAAGUUUUGAUCUUUGGAAGCCAGUUUCUUUGCUGGAGGAUAAUAUUUUGCAGCUUGAAAAUGACAUUUUUGAUGAGAUUGUCGCUCCAUCAAUUAAGGUCGUAAUCUUAUCUGUGGAAUCCUUAACUGGAUCAAACACAACAACAGUUGUGUUUGGGGUUGAUCCGGAGCCAAAAUCAUCGAAAUUAUUACCCACUUCUCAAAGUUUGAUCAAGGCAUCUUUUGAAUAUCUGGUUACACACCAAUCACUCCGCCUGAAUACAUCCUUGUUUGGGCGCACAUUCCUUUUUGAGGUACUAAAGUUUCCAGGUGGAAUUACCAUAGUGCCUCCACAAAAUGCGUUUCUUCUGCAGAAAGUGCAGAUCCUUUUCAAUUUUACCUUAAACUUCUCCAUCUAUCAAAUACAAUUAAAUUUCGACGAACUGAAAAGCCAGCUGAAGGCAGGAUUACAUCUAGCACCCUAUGAGAACUUGUAUAUUAGCUUGUCAAACUCAAGAGGUUCAACAGUAGCAGCCCCCACAACUGUUCGGGCAUCUGUGCUUCUGACUGUUGGAAAUACUCCUUCAAUGCAAAGGUUAAAACAACUGUCUCAAACCAUCAGAGGCUCUCAUUCAAGAAACCUGGGCCUGAAUAAUACUGUAUUUGGUAGAGUUAAGCAAGUCCGUUUAUCAUCUAUCUACUCCCUUAAUGGUGGUGAUGGCACUGUGCCGUCACCUUCUCCUGCUCCACUGCCCCAUCCGCACCACCAUCACCACCACCAUCACCAUCAUCAUCACCACCAUCAUCAUCACCACCACAACCCCCAUCUGGCUCCUGCAGUUUCACCCUCACCUGCACCCGACAGUGGUCCACCUGCAAGUCAAAAAGGUGGGCCUGCACCUAAGGAUGGUUCACCUAACGCACAGAAAGGUUCUCCACCUAAGAAAAGUUGUGAAGCAAAGCCUCCCAGUUUCCAGUUUGGAUCUAGAGGGAAGACUGGAAAGGAGUCUCAUUUUGCUCCUGCGGUUGCACCAAAUAUGUUUCCUCCUGUCUUUAUUCCCUCCCCACAAAAACAAGUACAGCCAUCAGCACCCAUCUACGGUUCAGUUCCAGUAUCUAGUCCUUUGCCUCAUGUGGUUUUUGCUCAUGUCCAGCCGCCAUCAAAGAGUGAAUCAGAUACAAGACAUUCUGACACAAUGUCAUCAGCUGAACCAUCACCAGCCACAUCUUCUGCAGCUCUUCUUCCUUCCGUUCAAUGGGCAUUUUCUCUGUUCCUAGUUCUGGUGUUUCAUGUAUAACAUCGGAUAAAUGAUCCGUUUCCAGUUAAACCACUUCCGCGGUAUUCAAAGGACUCAAACAACUGUAUCAUUCCAACACGAGCCAGAAGAGUUCUGGAAUGGCGAGCAAUCCAAGAAUGGGUUCACAUCUGAGUGAAAAUAUGUUGCUUCUAUGCGUGUAAAUAUUUAAUUAAAAAUUAAAAAUUCAGCUGGCAGAUGCAUGUUCAGGUCAAAGUCACAGAGGUGGCAGGCCUUUGAUUACAUGUAUUGCCACUGUUUUGUGUAUUCUCUUCCACAGAAAUGUAAGAGGGAAGAAACCAGCAAAUGUAUUCCACUACCUUUUUUUUUGUUCUUU